AUGCCUGCUACUCGACCUAGCACAAGAGUUCAACGUCGUGCACAACCAGCAGCACCACGUCGUCCAUCCUCUCGGAGAAGAACAGCAACCGCCAGUGCCACCACUAUGCAGCAACCAGAUUCAAGUGGAGUUAGUUGUGAGGCGUCUUCCUCCGUGGCCACAACGUCAGCACCUGAUGCAGCAUCGCCAGCGACGACUGUUCCUAACGAAACGGUUCAACGGAUCGUCUCCGCCGUCUCCCAAGCUGUGCUAGCGUCACUCAAUGGAGCCUGCGCCACUACUCUUCCGCCGCCAUCUUCAGCUGUGGAAACGAGGGAAUUGCCUAUGGUAGCGUCAGGUAUAGCUAGUUUUGCAGACGCUACUAUGCAGGGGCCGGUAGCGUCUGCCUUAAAUAAUCUUUCAGGUGA